AUGGAGUCAUCAGACAAGCCAAAACCGGUGAAUUCUUACGUUGCACCUCUAUUUGCUGGUGCUCUGGCAGGUAUAUCAGUAGAUUUGGCAUUGUAUCCCCUGGACACAUUGAAGACUCGGUUGCAGAGUGAGCAAGGCUUUCAGAAAGCUGGUGGUUUCAGAGGAGUCUAUAAAGGGUUGACAACAGUAGCGGCUACGUCGAUGCCGACAACAGCUUUAUUCUUUGUAUGUUACGAGGCUACUAAAGGAUUAGUACAACCCUUGGUUUUGCCACAGUAUGCCCCAUUGGUGCACAUGUUCGCCGCGAGCGUUAGCGAAGUGUUAGCGUGCGUAAUUCGUGUCCCAACGGAGAUAGCGAAGCAAAGAAAGCAGACGUACGUGGGCAUGAAGAGAUUGAGCGCGGUAUCUAUAUUAAUGGACGCUUACAAAGCAGAAGGCUUCCGAAACGGUCUGUACAGGGGCUUCUUUUCGACGGUAGCGAGGGAUAUACCGUUCAGUUUGAUCGAGUUGCCGGUGUGGGAGUUACUGAAGACCAUGGUGAAGGAACGGAACAAUGGAGAGAUUAAUGGACUACAGAGUGCAAUUUGUGGGUCAAUAGCUGGUGGCUUCACCGCUGCAGUUACAACCCCUUUGGACCUGGCAAAGACACGCAUCAUGCUAGCCGAAGACUACACGACCACGAGGAAGCUCCGCAUCAGGCCGGUCCUUACCAGCAUCUACCUGGAGUCAGGGUUCAAGGGGCUAUUUGCUGGGGUCGUACCACGGAUGACAGCGUUCACUUUGGGCGGGUUUGUGUUUUUCGGGGUGUACGAUGACUCUAAAAAGUUGUUCGAGAAGUAUUUUAAUAGAUAA